CAUACUCGGGGGGUCGAGGCCUCGCCGUGGAUGAAGCUGAGCAGGCUGCCGAAACGGGACUAGCGCCACUCCAUGUUCGACGCCCGUCUUUAGCGACCAGGAUGGCUCUGACAUUUCUGACUCCUUCAUCCAUCAACAACGCGCGUGCUUGUGCUGCAUCGGAUCGCUCCAACAUCCACCCUCGCACUCUGCCACUCCCAACACUCGAUUGACGCGACUUUUUCGCCCCUACGGCCCCAAAUCUCGACGCUUAUUCAAAAUGCCUGGUGGAAAGGGAAAGUCUAUCGGUGGAAAGGCCGGCUCGAAGGACUCUGCGGGGAAGAGCCAGAAGUCCCACAGCGCAAAGGCUGGUCUGCAGUUCCCUUGCGGUCGUGUUAAGCGCUUCUUGAAGAACAACACGCAGAACAAGAUGCGCGUCGGAGCCAAAGCUGCUGUUUAUGUCACUGCUGUCCUCGAAUACCUGACCGCCGAAGUCCUCGAACUGGCCGGAAACGCGGCGAAGGAUCUGAAAGUGAAGCGUAUCACCCCGCGCCACCUGCAGCUCGCCAUCCGCGGUGACGAAGAACUGGAUACCCUGAUCCGCGCGACCAUCGCCUUCGGAGGUGUCCUACCGCGCAUCAACCGCGCGCUGCUGCUGAAGGUCGAGCAGAAGAAGAAGAACAAGUCCGAGGCUUAAAUGAUGGCGGAUACCCGACGAAAUAUGGCGUUUGGUGAUUGAUGAUGCUUCCAUGGGAAAAAAAAGCGAGGAACAUGUUUUUCACUGGCCUUGAUCCUGCCUCCCCCCCGGUUCUGUUCUUCCAGUUCCCCCGCCCACCCCCACCUCAACAACAGAGCGAGAGCGGAAAAGGGGGAUGGAUGAUGGGCGGGUUCAAGACAGCGCACGAAAGGAAAAA